GUGCACUGUAUCCACUCAGCUCUGGUGCAGUCAUACAGUGCGACAGAGUGAUCAGAUAACACUUCUGCUCAGUUCUAGGGACUGAACGGUGCAUCUCCGCCGAAAAGUAGAUCGCCUUGGCGGGAUUACAAUAUCACCGCUCAACCCAACCUCCUCCCCUAUUAAUCCUCUUUUUUCCAUCUCUCACACCACACACAACCUUUGGAAUCCAGUGUCUACAUUACAAAGCCAAUAAACCUCUCUUCCCGUCAGUUUCUGCCAACACGCAGAAAGAAAAAAAAUUAUACACCCAUGAUGUCUCCCUCAGUCGUGACCAUCGACAACACCCCGGACAUCGACUUCUCCGCCGACUUCAACCCCGCCCCCACCAAACAGCCCAAGAAUGGCAGCACAACGCAGGGCCGCACCCUCCUCCUCGCGCCGCCAUCCAUAGCCGCACAGGGCACCAGCGCCCUCCCCACCUUCGACCGCGACACGACUGACCUGCAGAUGCUCGACCGCCUGCACGCAGGCCUCGUCACCCUCCCCGCCGCCACCUACGACCUCGUCCUGCUCCUGACCGGCGACGACGGCGCACGCCACGCCGAGGCCUCCACUCUGCUUUCACGCGGCGUCUUCGCCUCGCUGGUGGAUUCCAUGAAGUCCGGUGCCUCGCUCAGGACCCAGGACGCCCGGUUCGACCCUGCCGAGUCCAGGGAGGCGGUUCUCGCGGGCCUGGUGGAGAAGGACGGCGGGUACGAGAAGGUCGAGGAGGAGGAGGUCGUCGUGCCGCUGCGGUUUGGGAAGAACAAGAACACAGCCCUGGCAAACCCAAGUAACGGGAACGGUGGCGUGCACAGUUCGGCCGGCCCGCCCGUGGACAAGGUCACCAUCGACGUUGCUGGAAAGCCCGAGACGUUGAGCAUGGUGCCCCCCGCAGUCAAGCCAGUUGCCGGCGUUGGCUUCGACUUUGGGGACGAUCUUGACGACGAUGAUGAGUUGAUCGACGAGGAUGAGCUCAUGACCGAGGAGGACCUGAGCCGGCCCGUGCAAAUGCCCCCAGAGUGCAAGCCCGAGCCGGGCAAGAAGCGCCGUGCCUGCAAGGACUGCACCUGCGGCCUGGCGGAGCGCCUCGAGGCGCAGGACAAGGCGCGCCGCGCCAAGGCGGACAAGGACCUCAACACGCUCAAGCUCAAGUCCGAGGACCUCAACGAGCUCGACUUCACGGUCCAGGGCAAGACGGGGUCCUGCGGCAGCUGCUCCCUCGGCGACGCGUUCCGCUGCUCCGACUGCCCGUACAUCGGCCUCCCACCCUUCAAGCCCGGCGAGGAGGUCACCAUCCUGAACAACGUGGCCCAGUUCUGAGCAUCUCAAGGCGGGACACAUCCCCAAAUGUUUUGGGGGUGUUUGGAAAGAUGAUCUACGAAAUCACAUAUACAAUGCAUACGCCCGCCCAGUCACGCCGCCUGGGGGUCGGUCAGAUGGCGGGCGCCCUUGGCCGUCAAAGACAUGGCCGGGCCGCCGUCUAUAAAGGACUCCGAUGUCAGAGACCGUCAGACCUCGGCAUCAGUGCCAUGAACCCCACCACCGUGCCAGCGGUCAGGGUGGCAAGCCGCCGCAACGGCAGGGGGCCGCAGCGGACAAGAACACGAGCUUCCAGCUGAUGGCUACCUCAUAAUGUAGC